CUCUAGGAGUACAUAGUAGGUACUUAAUUGCAAAACAAAAUAUCUUUUUAUUAGUUAAUUCUGACAUUAAAAUCAAUUUCCAAUGAAUCCUUGCUCAAUUCCCACACCGCAACAAGAUAUGGAAGGCGAUGGAAGGUGGAAUAGCAUUCAUAACAGAUUUCUGUCUGAUGCUAAAGGCAAAGAUGCUGAUGUAAUUUUCAUAGGUGAUUCUAUUCUGCAAGCAUUAGAACACACUGAGGUAUGGAAUCAGUGGUUUGCACCCUUACAUUGCCUCAAUUUUAGUAUUCACAAAGAUCAAACUCAGAAUGUUCUUUGGCGCAUAAAAAAUGGAGAGUUGGACCAUGUUGAUCCUAAAGUUAUAGUUGUUCAUGUUGGAACAAAUAAUGUAGAAAAUACUGCUGAAGAAAUAUGUGAGGGUAUUAUAGAAAUUAUCAAAACAAUCAGGGAGAAACAUCCUUCGGCCUAUAUUGUAUUACCUAGUCUUUUGCCACGGGGUCAAUAUCCAAAUGGACUAAGAGACAAAAAUUCUAAAAUUAACAGACUCUUGCAUGAAAAAGUCUCCAAUAUAAAUAAAGUUGAAAUGGUUCUUAUUGAUAAAGGCUUUGUUCAAAGUGAUGGCACCAUAAGUCAUCAUGACAUGCAUGAUUAUCUUUUACCCAGUAAUGCUGCCUGUAGGAAAGCAUUUGAACCAAUUUAUGAUCUCCUGCAACAGAUUUUGAGUGAAGGAGAGCCUGAAAAAGAUUUAACACCUUCAGAAUAGAGUAAAACUUUUUGAUGCAGCUUUUUAUAACUAUGCAAGCUAAUUGUGAUUGAAAUGGUAGUACUUAGCUUUUAUAUGAUAGUCAUAAGAUUUUUACAUUUUUAAUUCAUAAGCUACAUACAUUCCAAAUUAGUGAUACACUAC